AUGAGCGGACCACCACCAGGCAUCGACAUCUCUUCAGGCGGCGGACCCCCACCCGGUGUCAACACCGGCCGCGGCGGCUAUGUCGACCCUAACUGGCCAUUCCCUGGCGGUCCCAACGAUGCGCCCGUCAUCAUCUACGGCUACACUCCUUCGUUCGCCCUCGCUCUCUUGGCCACGAUUCUCUUUUGUCUCUACUUUGUCGCCCACUUGUUCCAGGUCGUCCGAUACCGCACCGUGUACUUUUGCACCUUUCCCAUAGGUCUCGCCUUCGAGAUCGUCGGCUACAUCGCUCGCUGCCUUUCCGCCAAGGUCAACCCGUACAACCUCAUCUUCUUUAUCCUCCAGUACUUCUUCAUCGUCACCGCCCCAGUGUUUUUGGCCGCCGGUAUCUACGCCAUCCUGUCCGCUCUCAUCCACCGACUGGGACGUGAAUACUCGCUCCUUCCCCCCAAGUGGAUUCUGUGGUUCUUCAUCACCUCGGACGUUGUCGCCACCAUCACUCAGAUCACAGGCGCAGCUUUGAUCGGUGUGAAGCAAAAGAAGAGGGAGGACCCCACUGCUGCCAACAACAUCCUGUUGGGUGGUCUGGCCUACCAGGUCUUCGCCAUUGGUCUGUUCAUCAUCUUGAGCGGUGUGUUCAUCUUUCGCGCGAGGAGGCAGAUCAAGCAGGCUGGCCUCACGCUCUUCAUUGCCGCCUUCUCGACCGCCACUCUCCUGAUCUAUCUGAGAACCGUUUUCCGUCUUGCCGAAACCGCAGAGGGGCUGGGCGGCGAUCUGAGCACAAAGGAGGUUUAUUUUGGCACGCUCGAGUUCUUGCCCGUGGUCCUGGCCGUGCCUCUGCUGAACGUCUGGCACCCCGGACGCUGCGUUGGACGGAGCAUUGCGUCAGACUCCAAGGAAGAGGCCGGCAUUGUUGAGUUGGAGUCCAGGGGCUGA